AUGGUAAAACAUUGUGUUCAACUAUUUAAGAAUAAACAAGAGAAGAAUGUGAGUGAGAAUGCAAAAGCAAUGAUGAGGUUGAAGAUUGCUUGUGAGAAAGCAAAGAGGGAAUUGUCAUCAACAACUCAAACACCGAUUAACAUUGAGUUCUUGUAUGAGGGACAUGAUUUCAAAACAAGGUUCAGCAGGGCAAAAUUUGAGGAGAUAAAUGCUGGUUUUUUCAACAUGUGCAUGAAGCGCGUGGAAAAUUGUUUGCGUGAUGGAAAUAUGCACAAGAGUGAUGUUGAUGAUGUGGUUAUUGUUGGUGGGUCGACUCGGAUUCCUAAACUACAACAAAUGCUGAUGGAGUUUUUUGAUGGGAAACCACUUUGCAAGAGCAGUAACGCCGACGAAGCUGUUGCUUAUGGUGCUGCAGUGUUGGCUGCAAACUUAAGUGGUUGUGGAAACCAAAAGGUACAAGAUUUGAUUCUGUUAGAUGUGACCCCUCUUUCUCUUGGAUUCGGAAUUCGUGUGGAUGAUAUGAAUAUUGUGAUUCCUAGGAACACACGCAUACCAACUAUGAAGGAAGAGGUUUAUGUUACAUGUGUUGACAACCAAGUAUCUGUGUUAUUAGAUGUAUAUCAGGGUGAGGGCAGAAAAAUUAAUGAAAAUAUCUUUCUUGACGAAUUCACUCUUCAUGAUGUUCCAGCCGCUCCUAAGGGUGAACAGAAGUUCAAGGUUUGCUUUAACAUAGAUGUUAAUGGAAUUCUCCAUGUUUCAGCUGAGGUUAUAUCCACAGGUAAUAGGAAAAGUAUCACAAUUGCUAGGAGUGGAGUUUUAACUCAACAAUGA